UUGUCCAUCACACAGGUCACGGAGAAAGAAGAAUACAACUCGGGAACACACUUUUGAUAUUUCCACUCGCCUUUUUAUUGGACAUCCAUUUCAUCUCAGAAGGAGUGCUCAUAGAAUUUCUUAAAGAUGUGUACAGGAAAGUGCGCCAAAUGCAUUGCAGUGGUUCUGUAUCCACUGGCAUUGAUAUCGAUCAUUUGCAACAUUCUACUGUUUUUCCCCGACUGGAAAACAGAAUAUGCUCAGAGUGACUCGAAUAUCGUAACACUCACACCAGAGGUGACCUACAUGGGGGGAUUGCUUGGCGGUGGUAUUAUGGUUCUUGUACCAGCCAUCCAUAUUCAUUUGACCGGGAAGGUAGGCUGCUGUGCCAAUCGCUGUGGGAUGUUUCUGUCCAUUGGGUUUGCAGCGCUGGGUGUGGUCGGCGCUCUGUACAGCAUGAGUGUGGCUGCUCUAGGCCUGUCCAAAGGGCCCAUAUGUCGCUACUGGUCUAUUGAAAACCCUAUUUUUGGACAAUGGGGCAGACCGUUUGACAAUAAUGGGACAUACCUGUCCAAUCCAGAAAGCUGGAAGUUAUGUCUUGAGCCUGAAAAUGUUGUGGAGUUCAACGUUGCCCUGUUCGCAGUCCUCUUGGCUACUGCUUGCCUGGAGCUGGGCCUGUGUGGCUUCCAGAUGGUCAACGGUCUCUUUGGCUGCCUCUGUGGAACAUGCAGAGGCAAAGAGGACGAAUGAAGGAAUGAAGAAGAACCCCCAGAAGACACACUUCACCCAAAAGAUGUGACUGAAUGACUGACAGCUGAAUGGAAUUUUGAAGCUUCAAGACAGUGACUGUAUAACACAUUUUAGUAAAUUAUACUUGAUAGCCUAAUUGUUGCUCAUAAUAUUGUGCAUGUACGAAAUGUAAAGUGGUUGGAUCCAUUUUUGUAUAUAUUUAUAUUUCUUGCCUUUCAUUUGAAUUCAGAAUGUGCCGCUGUCAGUAGUCUAACAGACCUCAAUGGGGCCUAAAUUUGAAAAGUUUGGUUCCAAAACGCUAUAUCCUCCAGUUUAAUGCAUUUUUAUUAAUCUUUUUUUUUUACAUUUUGUUUCCCAAGUAAUUUCAGUAGAACUGUAAUUGUUAUUGUUAUUUAAUUAAUCUUCAUUCAAAUCAAAACAACACAACUGCAAUUUUAUUGAUAUUAUCUGAGAUACACAAUUAAAUAACAUGAUGUAUUAAUGUUUUUAAAAAUGGAUAUAGCAUUUUGAAACCAAACUCUUAAUUUGUUUAUGCAUUUUUUGUUUUAGUUGUUGAUCAAUGGUUUUUGAAAAAAUGUUUUUAGCUAUGUUUUUAUAAAUAAAAUUCAUUCUGUCAAA